CACGGAGAGACUCGUCCUUCCUUCGACGUCGACCGAAAUGAGAGCUCUCCUGUGCCUGGUGGCGCUGACGGCGCUCGCGUCCGCAGAAUUCCAGAGAAUCCCCCUGACGAAGGUGCAGAAGGAGAGGUCCUUGUCCCAGCUGCGUCGCUCCCACGCCUUCCUCAACAGCCGCUAUGCCAAGGACUCCAACCUCACCCUCGAUAAUUUCAACGAUGCCCAGUACUACGGCCCCAUCUACAUCGGCACUCCCGGCCAGUACUUCAAGGUGAUCUUCGACACCGGUUCCUCCAACAUGUGGGUGCCCUCGGAGCAGUGUUCGAUCAUCAACCUGGCCUGUCAGCUGCACAACCGCUACGAUUCCGUCCUGUCUUCCACGUAUAAGCCCAACGGGACGCACUUCGAAAUCCAGUACGGGUCCGGAUCGCUCGCCGGUUUCCUCUCCAGCGACGUCGUCUCCGUCGGCGACGUCUCUAUCACGGACCAGACCUUCGCCGAGGCCACGCAGGAGCCCGGCCUGGCCUUCGUCGCCGGGGCAUUCGACGGCAUCAUCGGCAUGGGCUUCACCGAGAUCUCCGUCAUGGGCAUCCCGACGGUGUUCGACACGAUGGUGGCUCAGAACGCGGUCGACGAACCCGUCUUCUCGUUCUAUCUGAACCACGACAUGAAUGACGAGUUCGGCGGCGAGCUCAUCCUCGGAGGCUCGGACCCCAACCACUACGAGGGCGAGUUCCACUACGUCCCCGUCUCAAGGGUCGGCUACUGGCAGCUCACGGCCGAGGCCAUCAAGGUGGGGGGCGUGGCCAAGGACUUCUGCAACCCUUGCGAGACCAUCGUGGACACCGGCACCUCCCUCCUCGCCGGGCCCAAGGAGCAGGUCAGGGAAGUCAUGCAAGAUUUCGGUGCCUUCCCCCUCAUUGCAGGCGAGUGGAUAAUCAGUUGCAACAAGGUACCUGAUAUGCCUCUCUUCACCUUCACGCUCAACGGCAUGGAUUUCGACAUGACAGGACCUGAGCUUGUCAUUGAGAACGUGGACGAGACUGGGGCCCGCGUGUGCAUCGUGGGGAUCCUGGGACUCGACCUCGGCACCAUUGAAGCCUGGAUCCUCGGCGACCCCUUCAUCGCCCGCUACUACACCGAGUUCGACGUGGGCAACAAGCGCAUGGGUUUCGCCAAGUCCAAGUAACUUUGUCAUCGUGAAAGAUACCGAAUAAAUGGGUUUAAAAA